AGUAGUUCAUGCUUUAGAAAGAGUGAUCGCAAAAAAUUCUCAUUAUGUAAACAUCAUGGAGCGGUUGUUAGAGCCUGAGAGAAUGAUUGUAGUCCGAGUUCCAUGGGUGGAUGAUAGAGGUGAGACACAUGUUAACCGAGGAUUUCGGGUACAAUUUAACCAGGCUUUGGGUCCCUGUAGGGGUGGUUUCAGAUUUCAUCCUUCUAUGAGCUUGAGCGUUGCCAAGUUUCUUGCAUUUGAACAGACUUUAAGGAAUGCUUUGUCACCGUACAAAAUUGGAGGGGCAGCAGGUGGAAGUGAUUUUGAUCCAAAGGGAAAAAGUGAUAAUGAGGUGAUGCGUUUUUGUCAAAGUUUUAUGCAUGAGAUCUAUCGCUAUUUGGGUAUUGACAAGGACCUUCCUUCAGAGGAGAUGGGUGUUGGAACUCGGGAAAUGGGAUAUCUUUUCGGACAAUAUAGACGUCUAGCUGGUCAUUUUCAGGUACCAGAGACACUGGGAAGUUUUACGGGGCCAAGGAUAUUUUGGUCUGGCUCUAGCCUUCGCACUGAAGCUACUGGAUAUAGUCUGGUUUUCUUUGCACAGCUCUUGCUUGCAGACCUGAAUAAAGAUUUUAAAGGAAUAAGAUGUGUUGUAAGCGGCUGUGGAAAGAUUGCAUUGCAUGUCCUGGAGAAGCUUAUUGCGUAUGGUGCUCUUCCUGUUACAGUUUCUGAUUCAAAGGGUUAUUUGGUGGAUGAAGAAGGGUUUGAUUAUGACAAAAUCGCACUUCUGAGAGAAAUAAAAACUCAACAGAGAAGUUUGAGGUUUGUGCUUAUGGACAUCUGUUUUGAAUCUGUUGACCAAAUUGCUUUGUAUAGGUGUGUAGUUACUUUCAGUUUGAUUGUUUUUACAUGUGGUAUGUGCAGAGACUAUUCGAAAACAUAUGCUCGAGCUAAGUAUUACGAUGAAGCGAAACCUUGGAAUGAAAGGUGUGAUGUCGCGUUUCCUUGUGCUACCCAGAAUGAAAUUGAUCAGUCUGAUGCCAUGAAUCUGGUCAAUUCAGGUUGUCGUAUACUAGUAGAAGGUUCAAAUAUGCCGUGUACACCAGAGGCUGUUGAUGUUCUAAGAAAAUCUAAUGUUCUAAUUGCUCCUGCAGUGGCUGCUGGUGCUGGUGGGGUAGUUGCUGGAGAAUUUGAAUUGAACCAUGAGUGUAAUUCAGUGAACUGGUCACCGCAGGACUUUGAGUCUAAGCUACAGGAAGCAAUAAAACAAACUUACCAGAGAUCCCUUAAAGCAGCGCUUGACUUUGGCUACUCCAAAGAAAGUCCUGAGUAUUUGGUACAUGGAGCAGUCAUUUCUGCUUUUCUGACUCUUGCUCAAGCUAUGACGGAUCAGGGUUGUGUAUAGAACUUGAGGAUAUUGUAUACUUAUUGGCAUGCUCCUCAAGCUGAUGUGUGUUAUCGACAAUGAAUGGUUUUGGCAACAUAGAGGUGGUUGGCAGCAAGCUGUAGAUCUUUACCAGCAGAUCCCUCAUACUUUUUAACUUUUUGAAGGUGGCAUCUAAGAUGGAGCAUGUUCCUUUGUAACAUAUUUGUAAUGUAAUAGCUGUAACUCGGAAAGUUGGAAAUAGUAAUUGUGGAGAAUAAAUUAUAAUACGCAGAAUGCAAGUAAAAAUUGUGUUGUAGUUGAGGGGUAGGUUAGGAAGGGCCUCAAAAGCCAUAGGAAGAAGGGUUUGUUAUUUGACUCUUUGAACUUAGGUUCAUUAAUGAUUACUUGUUAUUUGUAUUAAUUACUGGAUAUUUGGAUGGUGACUGAGAUUGGAAGUACAAA